UAAACUUUCCCACUGUCAUGAAAAAUUCACAACCGUAGAUCAAACUCAGAAAUCCAAUCUUAACUGUAGAAUUUAGGUCAUUCCGUAUAUACAUUUUUCAUUUCUUCGCUAAGGUUUUACCAUCACUCCGCCUUCACCCCUCAAACCCUAAAAUUUCCAGAAAUAUAAGUUGCUUGUGUAGUUUGAUCAAUGGCGCCUAAGGUUUCCAAGGCCGAAAAGAAAAUCGCUUACGACUCGAAGCUAUGCCAGCUGCUGGACGAUUACACGCAGGUUCUGGUGGCGGCCGCCGACAAUGUCGGAUCGAACCAGCUGCAGAACAUUCGAAGGGGUCUGAGGGGUGAUUCUGUUGUUCUAAUGGGAAAAAACACCAUGAUGAAGAGGAGCAUUAGGAUUCACUCCGAGAAGACUGGCAACCAGGCCAUUCUUAAUCUAAUUCCUCUCCUUGUUGGAAAUGUUGGACUGAUCUUUACUAAGGGUGAUCUGAAGGAAGUCAGCGAGGAGGUUGGCAAGUACAAGGUUGGAGCUCCUGCUCGUGUUGGUCUGGUCGCUCCAGUUGAUGUUGUUGUGCCGCCUGGCAACACAGGACUUGAUCCAUCGCAGACUUCUUUCUUCCAGGUUCUCAAUAUUCCAACAAAGAUUAACAAGGGUACUGUAGAAAUCAUCACCCCUGUGGAGCUUAUCAAGAAGGGUGACAAAGUGGGUUCUUCUGAAGCUGCUCUGCUUGCAAAACUUGGAAUCAGGCCCUUCUCUUACGGUCUUGUUGUCAUCUCAGCUUAUGACAAUGGAUCUGUUUUCAGCCCUGAGGUGCUUGAUUUGACAGAAGAUGACCUCAUUGAGAAAUUUGCCUUGGGAGUUUCCAUGGUCACUUCCUUGUCACUGGCCAUCUCAUACCCAACACUUGCAGCUGCACCACAUAUGUUCAUCAAUGCAUACAAGAAUGUUUUGGCAGUUGCAGUUGAGACCGAUUAUUCCUUCCCACUGGCAGAUAAAGUGAAGGAAUACCUUGAGGAUCCCACAAAGUUUGCAGUUACUGCUGCUCCAGUUGCAGCUGCCGAUUCAGGUGCUGCACCUGCUGCUGCCAAGGAAGAGGAGAAGGAGGAUGAACCGGCUGAGGAAUCCGAUGAUGACAUGGGCUUGGGUCUCUUUGACUAGGUUAAAUGUCAAUUAUUUUCGCAGCAUCUUGAUUAUGAAUUUUUGUAGUUUGAGUCGAUACAUUAUUUCCUGCUGUUCUUUUUGGUCCAGCUGAUGUUUAUUUGAGUUUGUAUCUGAGAUUUUAAGUGUAGCCAACGAGUCCCGGUUUGAUUCAGUUUAAUUCUGUUGGAGCUUGAUGUCUAAAUUGCUCUUUCUGUUUACGACUUGAUCUAAUUUGAGGCUGAUGAGAUACUUUGAAGAAUUAAA